UUGAAUAAGUGCUUACGUCUCAUAAAAAUGCAAGUACCAAAAUUUUUAAAAUCAGUAAGGUAUUUGUUAGCAGCCAUAAAUGGUUUAUUUUUGCUAACUGGAAUAACUCUUCUGAUCGUCGGUGUCGUGGUUCUGGUUGCUUUUAAUCAGUACGAUACCUUGAUGACAAACAGAUUCUUUACUUUAUCUGGUUUUAUUAUCGCAACUGCUGUGAUCAUCUUUGUUGUCUCUUUACUUGGAUUUUAUGGAGCUUUUUCCGAACAAUUUUACUUUAUUGCUGGGUAUGUUGUGCUUCUUUUGGUUAUUCUCAUAUUCGAGAUUACAAUUACGGUUCUGGGAUUUGGCCUCCAAAACGAUGCAGCCAAUGAGAUAAGGUCUCCGAUGUCACAAAGUCUACAGCUUUAUGAGAGUAGAAGAGAGAAUGCUGUUGUUUGGGAUGAUUUACAGAUGGGAUUCAAAUGCUGUGGCAUCGCUGGUCGCCAUGAUUGGAACAAUAACAGAAUACCCAUAAGCUGUUGUCACAUUGACUAUGGUACUAUAUCACCCUUCGAAUGUACAGCGGCAAAUGCGUACACUGUUGGGUGUGCCAACGUACUUGGAGAGUGGCUUGGGUAUAACGCCUAUGCUGUUGGCGCCACUGGGGCUUUUGUCACAAGCUUACAGGUACUAAUAACAGCUGGGGCAGCAUGGCUGGCUUACAGGUCAAGAUUUGAAGAAGUUGAACUUGAAUCCUAAAUACUCAACUGCAUAAACAGUUCAAAAUUCAAUAAAUAGAUAUUA